AUGAUGAAAAUGUAUUUGUACUUAAUAUCAUUCAUUCUAUAUUAUUAUUCUGGUGAGUGUAGUAGUCAGCCGUAUUUUCCAACUCAAAUUGUUUUUUCCGAUGAUGGUGGUAAAACAAUAACUGCAAUUGAUGAAAUAAAUCAACGAGCGUACAUUUCUACAGGACGACAAACUUCUUUCGUGAUGAAACAUUUUCCAUAUGCAAUUCCUGAUUCUCCUCAAUCAAAAUAUUAUGUUCAAUUAUUAGUAGAACACCCAACGAAUUGGUGUGCGUAUGGAACAUAUUGGAAGUAUGGUGGAAAUCUAUAUAAUUCAUUUCCUUCCGAUUGGGUUAAUGGCACUUCAUUUGAAAUAAAAAAUUAUAUGAAAUUUACUUAUAAAAUGAUACAUUCAAAUGAUUCUUCUACAGAUGAGGAUUAUUGGUAUUCAGAUGUAACAUGCAAAGUUCAGACUGGACAAACUUAUCCAUGUGACGGAAUUUAUUUUAAAAAAAAUACACAAAUUCCUCUUCGAUUAACUAGAGUUGUUCGUCAAGGUUGGAAUAUUGUCAAAGUAACAAUACCUUAUAUGAUAAUAUCCAUGGGAAAACCAGAUGAAAAAUACUUCAAUUCAGUUCCGAAAAAUUGGUCACUCAUAUGCCAAGAUACUAUGCUUGGACUUUUGCAUUAUCCACAAACACCAAAAAUAGAUUUACAUGAAAGUGUAGAAGUUGAAAUUUGGCUUUCAACUCCACCACAUCGAAUAAAUGGAAAUGAUACUGUUAUUAUUCAAUGGAAACCAAGGGAAUGUACUGAUUGUUUUACAUGGACACCAAAACAACUUUCUUUUAACACUGAAAAUUUCCAAGAACGACAAAUAUUAAAAAUAACUCGUGUAAAAGAUGGAUCACCAACAAAUCUUAUUCCACUUUUUAAUGGUGGGGGUUUCGAUAGUGUUGUAGCAGAAGUUUAUUCAAUUAUUAUUCAAUAA